CACUCAGUCCCACUAUGGGCAAACAAAGCUACAACUGUCAAAUAAAAAAAUGUGGCCUUAUUCAAGUGGGAGUAUUUCUUAGGUGGAAGUUGAGUGCCAUACAUUAACAAAAAAGGCUCACGACACCAGAAAUCCCUGGUAGUUCAACAAUACUUUGGAUAGCUUACUUCAAAAGAGAUGUUCCACACUCCCAUUGUACCUCGGAAGAGGCCGAGGCCAGUGGAAGCCGGUGUUCCCAGGCGUGAGCAGGUGAAGUUUGAGAAUGUCAGACUGUACCUUGUGGAGAGGAAAAUGGGACACAGCAGGAGAAGCUUUCUGACCCAACUGGCCAGGUCAAAGGGCUUUAUGGUGGAGGACGUCCUCAGCGACACUGUCACUCACGUUGUGUCAGAGGACAGCCAGGCUUCGGCACUGUGGACAUGGCUGAAGGGAUGCGAUCUGAAGAAUCUACCCAGCAUGCACGUGUUGGACAUCAGCUGGUUCACUGACAGCAUGAGAGAGGGGAGACCUGUUGCUGUGGAGACCAGACAUCUUGUUCAGGACACCGUGCCCACUUUCCCAGAAGGUGCUACACCCACUCCCGUGGCCACGGUCUCUCAGUACGCCUGCCAGAGGCGGACCAGCACAGAAAACUACAACAAGAUUUUCACAGAUGCAUUCGAAGUUUUGGCGGAGAGCUAUGAAUUAAGCGAGUUCGAGGGUCAGUGUCUGGCCUUCAGGAAAGCUGCAUCCGUCCUGAAGUGUCUGCCCGGUGUGGUGCGGUGUCUGGGGGAUAUCCGGGGUCUGCCCUGCCUGGGGGAACAUACUAAGUCCAUCAUGGAGGAUAUCCUUCAAUGUGGCCGUUCGUUUGAAGUUGAGAAAAUACUCUCCGAUGAAAGGUAUCAAACACUGAAGCUGUUCACAAGUGUGUUUGGGGUUGGACCUAAGACGGCGGAGAAGUGGUACCGCGCAGGGCUGCGCUCAUUCAGCGACAUUCUGACGGAGCCCAGCAUUCAUCUCAACCGGAUGCAACAAACUGGUUUUCUGCAUUAUAAAGACAUCUCCAGGGCUGUCAGCAAGGCAGAGGCCCGGGCCCUUGGGAACAUUAUUGACGAAGCUGUCCAUGCGAUCACACCGGACGCCGUACUGGCACUGACGGGUGGCUUUCGAAGGGGGAAGGAGUUUGGUCACGAUGUCGACUUUUUGGUGACCACACCAGAGCUGGGGAGGGAGAAGAGUCUACUACCUGAUAUUAUCGAUCGACUGAAACAAGACACGGAGAGCGGUCCACGGGUGCAGCGGGAGGGCAUUUUGCUGUAUUGUGAUUAUCAGGCUUCCACUUUUGAUAUAUCCAAGCUUCCCAGCCUCAGAUUUGAGGCUAUGGAUCUUUUUGCAAAGUGCUUCCUGAUCCUGCGGCUGAAGGGAAGCAAGGUGGAGGGAGGUCUCAACAGUGCCGCGGAAGACCACAGGGGCUGGAGGGCGGUGCGCGUGGACCUGGUGUCGCCACCUAUGGAUCGCUACGCUUACGCUCUACUGGGCUGGACAGGCUCCCGGCAGUUCGAGAGAGACCUGAGGAGGUUUGCGCGGUUUGAACGGCAGAUGCGUUUGGACAACCACAUCCUGUACGACAAAACCAAGAACGAGUUCCUGGCUGCCACGACUGAAAAGGACAUCUUUGACCAUCUGGGUCUCGAGUACAUCGAGCCUUGGCAGAGAAACGCGUAGGCCUCUGCUCCUCCCUGGCUGGACCUGGUGUCCUCCGUGAAAACGUCAGUGUGCAUCCCGUCUGCUUGCUGUUCUGCUGCUCUGCUGGGGUUCAUUUUCAAAGCGCUGUUGAUUUCUAUACACUUUUGUGCUGUUGUUGCUGUAAUUUUUGUUGUUUUUGUUUUUUGGUGUGUGGAUUACAUGCUGCAAUACAGUAUGAUUCAUAAUUCUUCCUAUUCACUAUUUUCUGUUGGCGAGUAAACACUUUCCUUUACCGCCUUGCCGCCUGUCUGUCAGAGUUGUAAUCAUGGGCAGGACACAAAGACAAAUCAGUCCGAGUAUGCAUUGCCCGGGGAGCCUGCGAGAUGCAGGAGAGAGAGUCUGAAAGAAACGCAGAGGGAAGCAAACGAGGGAAGAGGGUGACCACAGCGAGAAAGGGAGCGCGAGAGAGAGAAGACAGGAAGCUUUGAACGAAGUGCGAGGGAGGGGGAGCUUUUGUUGAGCAAAAUGUUGUAAUCACCCUCCCCCUGGCAGGAAAGUGCUCAGCGUGAAGCUGAGCCAGGUCUCCGGGGAAUUGAGAGGCGGGUAAUGGGCUUCAGAUAGGGGAGCGUUUGGCGUCGCCAUUUAGCCUCCAUUUAAACCUACGUCCACUGGAGAUCAUUUAGCUGGCAUUCUGCUAUCCAAGGACCCAUAGCCUCCGCUCUUGCUCCACAAUGAGUCUCCUUCCCCAGAUGCUCGGCCGAAAUUAGAGGCACUCGGCUGCACCGGGAAAUUAUGACGAAUUCAGACGGAAGGUGAAUUAGUCCACUAACCACACGGAGGGAUUUUGGCAUUCAAAGCGACUCCGGCUCCGGUGCAUAAAAACAUCCAUUAUCUUAUUGCUUCGGCUCAUAUUUUAUGCAUGAAGGUUGUUUAUCAAGAUUCGCGUCCUUAUUUUUCAAAUGUACUGCGGCUCUGUAGGACACGCGUCCACAAGCGAAGAAACGUCAUUGAUCCCUGUUUGCAAUGUGGGUGAGUCGGACUGCUUUCGUGGCGACACGGGCUGUCUUGCUGUCCACACGCCCAAACCACUUUCCCACGGCGCUCAGCCUCUGGUUUAUCGCGUGGUUCCUCAAUGAGAGCAGAGACAGAUGAGCGCGAGGCGUUCUAGUGGAAUACCCUAUUUAAAGAUCUUUAAGUAGAACAGUCCAGCACUAUGAGGACUUGACCCGGGGCCUCCUCCCUGUAUCCUCUCAACUUUCCCCCCUCUUGCUCUCUGUGUCAUUUUUCUCUCCUGCUACGCUGCUCUCUCAACCUCCCGACACAAAACAAACUUUAAAGGUUCUGGGUCACUGUGUUAACCAGAUGGAGCACCCUCUGAAAACCAUCUCUCCCGGGUUAUCUAAUGUUUGUACUAUAAAAACCGGGAUAAACACUUUUUGUACCCCAAAAAAUUGAUUUCUCCAGAGUAAAAUAAAAUCAAGCUGACCUACAUAAA